UGCGAGAAAACAGGGAUUUGGGAAGCUCUUGCUUGGGCAAAAGAUCGAGGGUGGGACAUUAUUGAUGUGGAAUUAGAUGCUAUCAAGGCGAUAUCGGAAAUUCAGAAUGGCUCAAGCGUCUCUUUAGCGAGUGUCAUCGCAGGAGAUAUUAGAGCGUUGCGGUCUUACUUCACAGAGAUUUGGUUUUCUCAUAUUCGGCGGUCAGCGAACAAGGCGGCUCGUGGUCUUGCCCAAGUCACUUGUUCCAUGUCUGAUUGCACAUUUGCACCUAUUGAAGUGAUUUACCACCUGAUUUUAUUUUUUAUUUCUCAUGUAUUAAAUUCUCCUUUCUCCAAAAAAUAGUAGCGAUGUUCUUUUUUUGAUCAAAUGUAGACAUCGAUCUUCUUCUUGAGCAAUAGUGAAUGUUCCUUUUUUUUGCUAAUUUGUGGUCUAGUCCGUAUUAUCUAACAAGUUCACAAUUUUACAAUUUGUUUGCUUGAAAUGAGGGCAUGUUAAAACGGUUAAUUUUGUUUUUUAAUACGUGUGAACUUAUUUUUUGAGAAAAACAAUGUAUUUGCUUUGCAUAUAUUUGAAAAAUAGUUCACAUAUCUCACAUAUAAAGAUCCUUCGGUAUACAGCGGACGAGUAGGUCUUGUGUCUAGGGUUUGGAGCGGCGAUCUCGAUUGCCCACAGGUUUUUCUCUCUCGCACGGCGUCAAUCACACGGCGGCGGCAGCAGGGCUUCCACGCAGUGCUCUUCUCGACGCAACAUCAAUCAAAUGCGGCAUGAUGGACUCCAGCAGCAGCGAAGGUCAACGGAAGAGUGCUUCACUAGACCGACAACAACAAAAAUCAAAACUUCAAGCAUCAGGAGGCUAGGUUGUACACCAACGGCAGAAAGAGAUAGACGUCAAGAAUACCCAGUGGGUCUUUGAUCAGUUGGGAUUGAAGACAGAUGGUGAAGCGUCAGGGCCGUUUUUGAACAUGUUAAUUAGGUUCGACAGAACAGGGCCCCACUUUGCAUGGGCCCUGAUAUUUAUAAGACACUAGUAGUAUUAUUCUUAGGUCCCUAAUAUUAAUUAAUUAAUUAAUUAAUUAUAUAAUGUAAUAGUGUAUACUAUCAUAUACGAAUAUGAGCUGCAGCUAAA